AUGCUAGAUCUCCGCAACGUGAAGACCAAGAGACCCACGAAGAAACUGGACUACAAGCGAUUAGGCCCUUUCCCCAUAGAAAAGCAAGUGGGAACUCACGCUUACCGCCUCAAGCUACCCCCGGGCUUAUCUCGACUUCACCCCGUUUUCCACGUAUCCCUGCUGCAUGCGAUCCCUGAAGACACGUUUGCCAAAAGACCCCCGCAGAAGGCGCCUCCAGUCGAAGUGGACGAGGAGGGCUACGAGCAAUGGGAGGUGGGAAACAUCCUGGAUUGCAAGCUGUUCACCUAUGGCAGGACGAAGAAGAUUAAGUACUUGGUCGAUUGGAAAGGAUUUGGACCCGAAGCACGCACCUGGGAACCAGUCGAAGGACUGAUGAACGCGCCAAAGAAGAUUGACGAGUUCCACAAAAAACACCCCGACAAGCCACGUACGGUAGAGGGGUGGGAGGCGCUAAAAGGCAAGACAAAAAAGAAGGGGAAACGCCCAACACGCAAAUAA